AACCUUCUUUUCCCUCUACCUAUUCCCCUCGAUUUGAAUUUCCUGUUUGGAUAAGAGGAAAAUCGAAUGGAAAUGGAAAGAAAAUCAGACACCAGUUCAAGCUCCGGCCUCCCACCUGGUUUCAGAUUCCACCCCACAGAUGAAGAAUUAAUCAUAUUUUACCUCAAAAACCAGGCCAAAUCAAAGACAUGCCCCGCUUCAAUAAUCCCAGAAGUUGAUAUUUACAAAUUUGAUCCAUGGCAAUUGCCUGACAAAACAGAGUUCGGCGAAAAUGAAUGGUAUUUCUUCACCCCACGAGAUCGAAAGUAUCCAAACGGAGUUCGUCCGAACAGGGCGACUGUUUCCGGCUACUGGAAGGCCACCGGAACCGAUAAAGCUAUAUACAGUGAUUAUAAAUACGUCGGGGUGAAGAAAGCUCUUGUCUUCUACAAUGGCAGACCACCAAAGGGUGUCAAAACAAAUUGGAUUAUGCACGAAUACAGAUUAAACGAUUCGCGAAAGCAAAUCAGGGGGCAAAAUGGAUCCAUGAGACUGGAUGAUUGGGUGCUUUGUAGAAUCUACAAGAAGAAGAGUUCGGCCGGGAAAGCUUUGGAUCAAAAAAUUGAAGCAUCGAACGCACAGAUCGACGGUGGAAGCCAGCAAUUGUUGAAAUUCCCAAUAACAUGCUCGCUUUCUCAGUUACCGGAAAUGGAUUACAUGGUUCCGAUUUCGCAUCUUCUGGCCGAAAAUACUUACGGUUCAAUCUUUGAUUUCACUAACCCUAUUGCUAAUACCGGGAUUGAAGAAGAUGAUAAGCUUCAGGUUGGAGAAUUACCUCAUAAUUACUACAUUACCGAUUCUGGGAAAUUUCAAGUGAACCAGAAUGGGAGCUUAACAAAUCAUCCUACCAUGUUUCAAUUUCAGUAGUAUAUAAGAAAAUGGAUCACCUUUAUCCAUUCUGAAAAAUUUGUAAAAAAACUUAUUGCUUGCUGAUAAUAUAUUUUAGAUUGAUUAA